AUGUCCUCAACAAACGAGGAGGACCCCUUCCUCCAGGUCCAGCAAGAUGUCCUCACUCAGAUGGACGCAACCCGCCCCCUCUUCACAUCCUACCUUCGCAUUCGCUCUCUCACCACCGCCCAGACCUCCCCAGAGCUCACCUCGGCGCGGACAGACCUCGAGUCCGCCCUGGCCGCGCUCGCCGAGGACCUCGCCGACCUCGUCGCCUCCGUGCAGGCCGCCGAGGCCAACCCGGCGCAGUUCGGUCUCUCGACGCAUGAAGUCUCGCGCCGGAAGCGGCUGGUUCAGGAGGUUGGCGGGGAGGUUGAGGAUAUGCAGGACGAGCUGGCUAAGGGUGGCAGCGGCAGCGGGGCUGCCAGCGGUAGGCGCAAGGGUGGUGGUGGUGGUGCUGGGGCCAACUCCGAUCUGCCCGACCCGAGCGCGUUCGCCGUUGGGGACGGGGAUGGCCACGACGAAGAGGACUACGCAGCUGAGUUCGAGCAGCAGCAGCAGCAAAUGAUGAUGCGGGAACAGGAUGUCCAUUUGGACGGGGUAUACCAGACGGUGGACACGCUGCGUAGGCAGGCGGGAGACAUGGGCCGGGAGCUGGAGGAGCAGCGGGAGAUCCUCGAGACCACAGACAGGCUGGCCGACCGUGUGGGCGGGCGGCUGCAGACGGGCAUGGACAAGCUCAAGUACGUGGUGAAGCACAACGAGGACCGCCUGAGUAGCUGGUGCAUUGGCCUGCUGAUACUG